CUGUCAUUUCACACUCACUUCGGAAAGACCUGUUCUUGCUUCAACAGUGAUUGAACAGAACUUCGAACUUUUCGGAAAUUAUUUUUGAAAUCUUCUUAUUUAAUAUUUAUUUUGUACGUUUUUAUAAUAAAACACUAUAAACUGCAAAAAUGGAGACUUCUCAGAUUCGCCAGAACUACGACCGCGACUGCGAGGCUUUGAUCAACAAGAUGGUGAAUUUGGAGCUUUAUGCUUCCUACACCUACACUUCAAUGGCUCACUACUUCAAACGGGAUGAUGUCGCCCUUACUGGUUUUGCAAAGUUCUUCAAGGAGAACAGCGAGGAAGAGCGGGAGCAUGCCGAGAAAUUCAUGGAGUUCCAGAACAAAAGGGGUGGACGCAUUGUUCUUCAGGACGUAAAGAAGCCCGAGCGUGAUGAGUGGGACAAUGGACUGACUGCAAUGCAGUGCGCUCUGCAGCUGGAGAAGAAAGUCAACCAGGCUCUGCUGGAUCUGCAUAAGGUUGCCUCUGAGAAGGGCGACCCUCAUCUGUGUGACUUCCUGGAGACUCACUACCUGAAUGAGCAGGUUGAGGCCAUCAAGAAGCUUGGCGAUCACAUCACCAACCUGUCCAAGAUGGGUGCUGGCAACAACAGGAUGGCAGAGUACCUGUUUGACAAGCACACCCUGGAUGGACAGAGCUAAACGCGGCCCUCAGAUCCACUGCAUGCUGUCCAAGCAAUAUGUUUUUAAUCAACACAAAAUAUUUUUAUACAAAAGGUGGAAAGGUUAACAUCAAGCAAAUGUUCAAUGUCACUGUUAUAAAAUGAUGCAGUCUUGCUAUUUUAAUUACUCAUCUUGUGAUUGUCACCAAGCGAAGCUUUCCUGUUGAAUGUAAACUGGUUUUAACCUAGUGAAUUUGAUAAAUAAACAUUUU